AUGGGUUUUUGCUGGAGCGGGGAGUGUGGCAACAGGCCUUGCCGGGCAGGCCAUUAUAUGCCCUGCCAUGCUGGAUGGGUGGGCCCCACUGUGCUGCUCUGCAUCUAUGGUUUCUGCUCCAUGAUGAGGCCCAUAGAGCCCUUCCUGACAGAGUUUCUCACGGGAACUUGUAAGAAUCUCACCACCGAGCAGGUGACUAGACAGGUGUAUCCUGUGUGGACGUACUCCAGCUUGCUUCUCCUCAUCCCAGUCCUCCUGGUGACAGACUUCCUCAGGUACAAGCCUGUAAUCAUCCUCCAGGGACUCACCUAUGUCAUAGCAUUUCUUCUGGUACUAGUUGGCUCGGGGGUCCCCUCGACUCAGUUGGCCCUUUUCAGCUACAGCAUUGCCACGGCAGCAGAUGUGGCCUAUUUCUCCUACAUUUACAUCGUGGUCCACGCCAGUUACUAUCAGAGAGUGACCAGUUAUGUCAGAGCGUCCAUACUGCUGGGCUACUCUGUGGGUGGCCUGCUUGCUCAGCUGCUAGUGUCUUUGGGUGGAGUGUCCUUGUACUGCUUAGCGUUUGUGACUCUCAUCUCUGUCUCCAUAGCACUGAUUACCUCCUUUUUCCUGCCCAUGCCCAAAACCAGUUUAUUUCUUAACGGAACAUAUUCUGCACAACAGAGAAACUCAGAUGAGGAUGCUCACAAGUCAGAAAGUGCAGACUCUGACAACAGAAUGAAGAGCAGAAUGGCUGCAAAGCAUAUUGGGAGGAUGUUCAGGAGGCUCAUACUGGACUGCAAGACGUGUUAUUCUUCUGCGGCCCUGCUCUUCUUCUGCAUAUGGGCAGCUACAGGCAGGUGCGGCUUCUACCAGGUGUCAGGCUACGUCCAGCUCCUCUGGGUUUACAUCCAGCCACAGAACGCAACAGCCUACAACGGAGGGGUGGACGCCAUCAGCACAUUGACAGGAGCUGCAGCCACAGUUGCCGUGGGCCACAUGUCCCUGGAGUGGUCUGUGUGGGGGGAACUGAUCCUUGGGGGUUUCACGCUCCUGAUCGCUGGGUCUGUAUUCCUGAUGGAUCUGACUGACAACAUCUGGAUCAGCUACACAUGCUACAUCCUCUUCAAAACUGUUUACAUGCAGCUCAGCACCAUCUGCACGUUUCAGAUCGCCAAGGCACUGAACAGAAAGCGCUAUGCGUUGGUAUUCGGCAUCAACAGUUUUGUGGGCACAGUCCUCCAGAGUGUCCUCACCGCCAUCGUCAUCAACACCAAGUCUCUCAAGCUCACCAUCACCUCCCAGUUUUUCAUCUACGCCUCGUACUUUGCCGUUAUUGCAAUGCUGUUCACAGUCAGAGGUGUGUAUACUGUGCUCCACAUGAAGCGGCCCGCUGCAGGGAACCAGGCAGAGAGAGCCACCAACCUGCCAGAAGUGUCCCAUCUGUGA